AUGUCAACCUCCAACCUCAGUGAUGACAGUCUUCCAGCCAUCAUGUUCCUGACAGGAAUCCCAGGGCUGGAGUGGGCUCAUGCCUGGAUUGCCAUCCCCUUCUGUGCCAUGUAUCUGGUAGCACUGGCUGGGAAUGCUGCCCUCAUCCUGGUCAUUGUGACAGACAGUGCUCUUCAUGCACCCAUGUACCUCUUCCUGUGUCUUCUCUCAUUCACUGACCUGGCUCUCAGCUCAACCACCGUGCCCAAAAUGCUAGCCAUUUUGUGGCUCCAUGCUGGAGAAAUUUCCUUUGGUGGAUGCCUGGCCCAGAUGUUUUGUGUCCAUUCUAUCUAUGCUCUGGAGUCCUCAGUUCUUCUGGCCAUGGCCUUUGAUCGCUAUGUAGCUAUCUGCAACCCACUGAGAUACACAACCAUUCUUAACCAUACUGUAAUAGGCAAAAUUGGCCUUGUUGGCCUCCUCCGCAGCGUGGCCAUUGUCUCCCCAUUUAUCUUCCUGCUGAGGCGACUGCCUUACUGUGAUCACCAUGUCAUGGCACAUACAUACUGUGAGCACAUGGGCAUCGCUCGCCUGGCCUGUGGCAACAUCACUGUCAAUAUUGUCUAUGGGCUGACUGUGGCCCUGCUGGCCAUGGGUCUGGAUUCCAUCCUCAUUGCCAUUUCCUAUGGCUUUAUCCUCCACGCUGUCUUCCGCCUUCCAUCUCAAGAUGCCAGGCACAAGGCUCUGAGUACCUGUGGCUCCCACCUCGGGGUCAUCCUGGUCUUCUACAUUCCUGCCUUCUUCUCCUUCCUCACCCAUCGUUUUGGCCAGCACCGAGUUCCCAAGAAUGUGCACAUCUUUCUGGCGAACCUCUAUGUGCUGGUGCCUCCUGUGCUCAAUCCAAUCAUCUAUGGAGCUAGGACCAAGGAGAUUCAGAGUCGACUGCUGAGAUUCCUUCACUUGGGGAAAAUUUUAAUGUGAAACUUGAGCAUAGAUUGAUAAUAAGGAAAAUGAAUGGGUAUGGUCGCUGUCAUGAUGCAUUGACAGGAAUGGAGACCUCUGAUAUUACAGAAAUGUGUUUACAGGCAAGGAAGCACUUGAAGGAAAGUGAAGAUCAGAUGAAUCAGAGGUAUCAAAAAUCACACUGAACAUACCAUAUUCCUGAGGCUCCUGGAGUAACUCUGAAGAGCCCAGAGAGAUGAUAAUAUUUUUACUCUUGGGAAUAUUUUGCCAUUAGGAGUAAGCAGGUGUUGGAGAAAAUCUGAGUAGGUAUGAUAGUGCCAGUGUAGAAUGCGCUUAAUGUUUUUUUCUUUCAUUGCAAAUAUUUCUAUGACUUACUAAAGAUCAAGUCAAUUCCACAUAUGAAAUGAGUCUGGGCUUCAUAGUGAGAAUAUUCUCUGCUAGUCCAAGUUAAAAAAAAAUAGGUAAAUUUAAUCUAAUUUCCAAUUCUUUGGAUAGUGAUGAAGAACACAAAGUCUAAAGUUAGAGUACCUGGGUUUGAAUGCUGGUUCCUCUGCUUGUUAGUUUUAUAGCCUUGAUCAUGGUACUCAAUCUUCCUAUGUCUUGGUUUGUCUAAUUAUCAAAUGGAUAAUAUUAAUCUCUCUCUCUCUCUCUGUGUCUCUCUGUCUCUUUCUCUCUCUUUAAAUAUCUAAUUCUUAAUACUGUGGCAAUGAAUAAAUAAGUUAAUGAAUGUAGAGAACUUAAGGUAGUAGCUAACAUGCAAAAUGAUCAACAAAUAUGAGAAUGUCAGGUGCCUGGAUGGCUCAGUUUGUUAAACGUCAACCUUCGGCUCAGGUCAUGAUCCCAGAGUCCUGGGAUCGGGUUCCACAUCAGGCUUGCUGCU